AUGAACAAGAUUAAUGAUAAAGGUCCUGAUGAUGAUAUAUUUUCCAAUCAGGAACAAAUCUAUGAUUUUUAUGAAACACUUCGAAAUAGUUCAGAUGGUGCUGUUGAACAAUUUCAAUCGGUGCUUGAAGUUAUUGUUUGUGAUAUUCUUAAAUAUCGUAAAGAAAUAAAACGAUUGGAAGAUUCAUUUAAGCGUGAAAAAGAUACCAAUGAGAAAUAUUUAAGACAAAUUGAAGAAGAUCAAGAACGAGAUAUGAGUGAAUUAGAAGAAAAAAUUCGACAAGAAGAACGUCAGAAAUUUGAACUCGACCGUGAUUUAAUUCAACAACGAUUAACAAAAGAAAUUAAUGAUUUACAACUAAGUAUCCAACGAUUUCGAACUAUUGAACAAGUUCAUAGUAAUCGUAAGAAUGAAGAAGAUUUUUCAAUAAAUUCAUUACGUGAAGAAAUUGCAAAAUUAAACGAAGAAAAUCUAUUGCUUAAUGCAUCUUUAAAUGAAACUUUAACAACAAAUGCUAUUUUACAAAGUGAUUUACAAUCAUAUAAAACUCAAUUAAGUGAAGGACAAACAAUGCUUUUACAUGAGAAACAAUCAUCAUCAAGUAACUAUCGAGACAAAGAGUCAUUACAGACAAAUGUUCGUCAUCUUGUGGAAGUUAAUAAACAACUUCGUGAUGAAAAUGACUCAUUACGUGCAGUUAUUGAAUUGAAUAAAUCAAAUAAAUUAAGUGCCACUCCUACAAAUGGUUUUCCAUCACCACAUCAAUUAUAUUCUCCAGCUGGGUCUACACUAGGUUCUUAUUGGCAUAAUUCAAAACUAGACAGCUCAUCACCGUCGUAUAUAAUGAGUAAAAAUCAACGCAGGUUCGACGCAUUUGACAUCGAAUCAACUGAUGAAAUAGGUAUACAUGGUAGUGGGCUUAGACCGGUUCAAAAACUAGCUGUUAAGGACUCAUCAAACAAAAUAGUACCAUUGGCACCAGUUUCUAAUCUUUCUCGUAGUGCCGAUGAAUACAAUGCUAUGAAUGACAGUGGACUGUCGAUGACAACAUUACGUGAUGCAACUGAAUUAGAAUCUGAUCGUGAAUCAAACACAAACAAACAGAUAUCAACAAAGAAUUUGAAACAACAUCGACCAAUGAUUAAUAAAAAUAAUCGCGAUGAUACAGAGUCAGAUUCAGAUGAUGUUUUUACUGAGGUAUCACUUGAUUGCAAUCUUCCUAAAAGAUUGCCUCAACAGCGAUCAUUGAAGCGACCAAAUAACAAUGCACGUGGCACAUCAAAACAGCCGCCCAAUCCUCCACCAGCAAUCACUCAGUUACCUACAACACAGUUCAAUGCUGAGCAUGGUACUCAACAAGAUGUACCAUUCGAUCGUAUGUUCAAAGUUGUCUUUUGUGGAGAUGCUGCUGUGGGAAAAAGUACAUUAAUCGUACGUUUAUGCAAGGGACAAUUCGUAUCAAAUAUUAAUUCAACAUUAGGCGUUGAUUUUCAAAAUAAACAAAUUGAAGUCGAUAGUAAACGUGUAGCUCUUCAACUAUGGGAUACAGCUGGACAAGAAAGGUUUCGUAGCAUUGCAAAAUCCUACUUUCGUCGAUGUGAUGGUGUCAUUCUAGUUUAUGAUUCCACAUAUGAACGAUCAUUUCUAAAUGUUCGGGAAUGGAUUAAUACAAUAAUCGAUGCAACACCAAAAAAAGUAUCUGUUAUGAUUGUUGGAAAUAAAAUUGACCUGAGAGAUCAAAUGCGUGCAGAAGGAAAACGUGUUAUAGAAAAAAGUGAAGGAGUAAGACUAGCUAAAGAAUAUAAAGCAUUAUUUAUUGAGACAAGUGCAAAAGAAGGCACCAAUUUGCAGGAAGCACUCUGUGAAUUAGCUCGCGAUAUGCAGUGCAAUGAAGACAUAGAACGUUUUCAUACAACAGGCAUUGAUUUAGAUAAAUCAUCGAAAAAAUCAAUUUGUUGUCGUAACUGA